AGGAGCGCACGCUGACCUCGUCCCUUCUCCCUGCAGCGGUCGCGAUGGCGGCUGACGUCGAGGGCCAAGUGGACGUGCUGGUGGAGCACCCCUUCGAGUACACCGGCCGGGACGGACGCCACGUCGUCAUCCGGCCCAACGAGCGCUACCGCCUGCUGCGCCGCAGCACACCGCACUGGUGGCACGUGCGGCCCUGGAGGAGGGGCGGUGGAGAUCCCCGGGACUUCCAUCGCACUGACGCGGGUGCCCAGCCCCAGGCCUACCGGCCUCGUCGCCCUGCAGACUGCUGCAGAGUCCCUGACAGCCCAGGGCUGAGUGUCCUCAUGGUGCACAAGAGACGCACGGUUCAGGCUGGCUCGGGUUCCACAGGGCCCAGCCACGCGCCCUCUCGUGGCCAGAGCGAAAACAGCACCCGACGGGCGCGCAAGGGGCCUGCGCACCUGUUGAUCGUGGAGUGUGUCCACUGCCUCACCAGGAACACUCCUGGAGUUGGGAUGCGGCUUUGCACUCUGAACCUGAGAGUGUGUGUCAAGGAAGAGCGAGCAGGGGCGCCCCGAGCCCUUGCCCUGUGCCAGCCCUGGGGUUGUGCCCCUUGGCUCCACCCCCAGCGCUUUCCCAGGGCCUGGUCCCAGCAGCUCAGAGGGGACAGGAUGGUGGACGUGAUUGCCAAACUGACCAGGAAGCAGAGCCGGGCCCUGCGGGUUCAGCUGUGUCACUUUGGGGUCCUGAGCGACUCCCUCCAAACCGCCUCUGUACCUACGGUUAUCCGUGCCGAGGGCAGUGGGCUUCGUGGGGCGGACACGGGGGAAGACCAGCCCGAGCUGAGUCCUGAGGGAGGAAGAGGAGCCAGGCAGGUGCGAAGGGCGGAGCGGGCCCUGGGCCAGGCCCACGCCCUCCCCCAAGUUCACAGCGAGGGCUGGAAAGUGCAGGCAGGCCGCAUCCGGAAGGGUUCGGACACCAGGGCUCCGUGGGCUGAGCUCUCGGGGCCUUGGGCGGAGCGGGCGCUGACCCUAGAAGGCGAGGCAGACCGGUGGGAGCUGCCCCAGGUCCCCGUCCCUGCCCCUCGAAGCAUCCACAAAACCAGCCAGGAUGGUGGCACCCCAGCCCCAGCCAGCCCCCCACAGGAAAAGAUCAAGACCCUGGACAAGGCAGGGGUGCUGCAUUGUACCCGGACUGCGGACAAGGGAAAGCGGCUCCGGAAGAAGCACUGGAGCACCUCCUGGACAGUGCUGGAGGGUGGUGUCUUGACCUUCUUCAAGGACUGCAAGACCUCAGCUGCAGGCAGCCUGAGACAGCAGCCUUCUAAACUCUCCACCCCGGAGUACACAGUGGAGCUGAAGGCGGCCUCUCUUUCCUGGGCCCCCAAGGACAAAUCCAGCAAGAAGAAUGUGCUGGAGCUGCGGAGCCGCGAUGGCUCUGAGUACCUGAUACAGCACGACUCGGAGGGUGUCAUCAGCGCCUGGCACAAGGCCAUCGCACAGGGCAUCGAGGACCAGGUACGCAGAGCUCCAGACUCCUGGGGACCUGCCCUGCAUGGCACCCCUGAGGGUGGCCUCUCACGGGGGCUCUGCAGAUGUGGGCAUCUCCCACUUCAAGGGAGGCAGGAAGAAAAGCUGCGCGAGCGGGGCUACAUCAAGGACCAGGUCUUCGGCUGUGCGCUGGCCACGCUGUGCGCGCGCGAGAAGAGCUCGGUGCCCUGCUUCGUGCAGCAAUGCGUGCGUGCUGUGGAGGCCCGGGGGCUGGACACUGACGGGCUGUACCGCAUCAGCGGGAACCUGGCCACCAUCCAGAGGCUCCGCUACCACGUGGACCACGAGGAGCGCCUGGACCUGGACGACGGCCGCUGGAGUGACGUCCACGUGAUCACCGGCGCGCUGAAGCUCUUCCUGCGCGAGCUGCCUGAGCCUCUCUUCCCCUUCUCCCACUUCAGCCAGUUCCUCGCAGCCAUCAAGCUGCAGGACCCAGCCCGGCGCAGCCGCUGCGUGCGGGACCUGGUACGCUCGCUGCCCACCCCGAACCACGACACCCUGCAACUGCUGUUCCAGCACCUGCGCAGGGUGGUGGAACACGGGGAGCAGAACCGCAUGUCGGUGCAGAACGUGGCCAUCGUGUUUGGGCCCACGCUGCUGCGGCCAGAGACAGAGGAGGCCAGCGUGCCCAUGACCAUGGUGUUCCAGAACCAAGUGGUGGAGCUCAUCCUGCAGCAGUGCACUGACAUCUUCCCACCGCACUGACCGGCUGCCACCCACCCUUGCUGCCGCGGGUUCGGCGACUGGAAGUGGGGCUUUCCCUGGCAUGUCCUCAGUGGGUGCCAGGGGAGGAAGAGCUUUUGUUCUGAGAGGGGGAUUUGGUGUGGGUGCUUCCUGGCUCCUUCAGGCAGGCGCCUGGCCAGAGCCCUGUGUAGGUGACCGAGUACAGCCUGACGGCAGCCUACAGGACCAUGCGACCUCCAGUCUCAGGCUCCCUGGCCCAGGAUGAAGAACUGGCUUCAUAUGCCUUCCUGUCUGGAUCCACAUCAGGAUCCAAUCCACUGUGUCCUGGGCAAGGUAUUUUUAUGCCCACGAGCUGUGUGCCCUGGGCCUGCCGCAGAGGAGCCCUGUCCACACACAGCCGAUACAGGAGGGAAAUGGCUCUCAAGACCCUCAGCAGGGUGCAGCCUCCAGGGAGGGGCCUUGGCGUCUCUGCCCCCCAUUCUAGCAUGGGCCAAAGAGCAGCCUGCCCGCCUGCUUUUCUGAGGGGAGGAGCACCUGGCCAGGCCCUUUCACGCCCCAGCUGCCAAGCUGACUAGUGGGGCCGACCUUGGCUCAGCACUGGGAAAGACCUGGGGAUGCAGGGUAAACCUUAGGAAAGGAGGGGUGAAGCUGCUUUAGCAGCCUCCGCCCGUCCAUCCUCAUACAUAAAGCAUGGAGGGCUGUGGAUCUGGGGGCCCACCUCUCUGUUCAUGGCUCAGUGAACAGUAAUAACUCAUAUGUAUUGAGCGUCUGCACCAGGCCAGGCAUCCUGCCCCGGUUAUCUUUGUGCCCCUUGCAUUCUAUAUUUAUUGUGUUCUCGUGUGCCAGGCACAAACUGUCCGCCCCAUGGAGCUGGGGUCCAGGCAAGAGAGGAAGACUUCCUACCAUACAACUAAAUAUUUAAAAAAUGUAGGGCCGGGGAUUUAGCUCAAUGGUGCCACUGCCUGCCUCA